ACGCCAUUUUGUCAGCGGAGUACAGGACGCCCCAUCUGGCCUCGCCUUCUCUGGCCGGGAUUAAUAAACAGUUACGAAUCACGGAAAGACGGUACCCGGGUGGAUGAGAGACUGUCUUGCGGACCGGUUCGCACCCAAAAGACGUCUACUUUGUCCCCGAGGACAGAAGCGACAAAAGUUAGCCAACAGCCAUGGCGUUGAAGAUUGUUAAAGGGAGCAUCGAUCGGAUGUUCGAUAAAAACCUUCAAGAUUUAGUACGUGGCAUUAGGAAUCACAAGGAAGAUGAGGCUAAAUACAUCUCCACCUGCAUCGACGAGAUCAAGCAGGAGCUCAAGCAGGACAAUAUUGCUGUCAAGUCCAAUGCCGUCUGCAAGCUCACCUACUUGCAGAUGCUGGGCUAUGACGUCAGCUGGGCUGCAUUCAACAUUGUGGAAGUCAUGAGCUCCUCCAAAUUCACAUACAAGAGAAUUGGUUACCUGGCCGCCUCCCAGUGCUUUCAUGAGAGCACUGAUGUAAUCAUGCUGACAACCAAUCAGAUCCGAAAGGAUCUGAGCAGUCCUAACCAGUACGACACCGGCGUGGCUCUCACUGGCCUCUCCUGCUUCGUGACCCCUGACCUGGCUCGGGAUCUGGCCAAUGACAUCAUGACUCUGAUGUCCCACACAAAGCCUUAUAUCAGGAAGAAGGCAGUCCUGAUCAUGUACAAGGUGUUCCUGAAGUACCCGGAGUCUCUGCGCCCAGCUUUCCCCAGGAUGAAGGAGAAACUGGAAGAUCCUGACCCUGGGGUCCAGUCAGCGGCUGUUAAUGUCAUCUGUGAGCUGGCCAGGAGGAACCCUAAGAACUACCUUUCUCUGGCCCCGCUUUUCUUCAAGCUCAUGACCUCCUCCACCAACAACUGGGUCCUCAUCAAGAUCAUCAAGCUGUUUGGUGCCCUCACACCCCUGGAGCCUCGUUUGGGGAAGAAGCUGAUAGAACCCUUAACAAACCUCAUCCACAGUACCUCUGCUAUGUCACUUCUAUAUGAAUGUGUCAACACUGUGAUAGCAGUGUUGAUUUCCCUGUCCUCUGGGAUGCCAAAUCACAGUGCUAGUAUUCAGCUCUGUGUCCAGAAACUGCGAAUCCUGAUUGAAGACUCGGACCAGAACUUGAAGUACCUGGGCCUGCUGGCCAUGUCCAAGAUACUGAAGACUCAUCCCAAGUCUGUCCAGUCCCACAAGGACCUCAUCCUCCAAUGUCUGGAUGACAAGGACGAGUCCAUCCGCCUGAGGGCUCUAGACCUGCUCUACGGCAUGGUGUCCAAGAAGAACCUGAUGGAGAUAGUGAAGAAGCUGAUGCUGCACGUGGACAAAGCCGAGGGAACCACUUACAGAGAUGAGCUGCUCACCAAGAUCAUUGACAUCUGCAGCCAGAGCAACUACCAGUACAUCACCAACUUUGAAUGGUACAUCAGUAUCCUGGUGGAGCUGACCCGUCUAGAGGGCACGCGGCACGGCCACCUCAUCGCCUCCCAGAUGCUGGACGUUGCCAUCCGGGUGAAAGCCAUCCGAGCCUUCGCCGUGGCCCAGAUGGCUACUCUGCUGGACAACGCCCACCUGCUGACCGGCAACACACAGCACAGUGGCAUCUGUGAGGUGCUCUACGCCGCCGCCUGGAUCUGUGGAGAGUUCUCAGAACACCUGGAGGACCCCAUGGCGACUCUGGAGGCCAUGCUGCGUCCCAAGGUGGCCACCCUGCCGGGCCACAUCCAGGCCGUGUACGUGCAGAACGCUGCCAAGCUGUUUUCUACGGUGCUGUGCGGCCAGGAGGGGGCGCCAGCGGACAGCAAGGUGGCCCAGGAGACCAGCCAGCUGCUCAUUGACAGGCUUCCUGUGUUUGUCCAGAGUGACAACCUGGAGGUGCAGGAGAGGGCCUCCUGCAUCCUGCAACUGGUGAAGUACAUCCAGAAGCUGCAGCAGAAGGACGUGGAGGUGGCUGAGGAGGUGACAGCUCUGUUUGCUGGAGAGCUCAACCCUGUGGCCCCCAAGGCACAGAAGAAAGUGCCUGUUCCUGAAGGUCUGGACCUGGAUGCGUGGAUCAACGAGCCUCCGUCUGGGAGUGAGUCUGAGGAUGAGGGUAGGAAGACCAAGGGCAAGGCUGUGUUUGCCAGGGAGGAGUCCAGACACACCAAGCCACGCUACACUGAAGUGGACGAGAAGGAACUGGCUAAGAGGAGAGAAGUAAGGAAGGCAGAGCAGGCCAACAACCCCUUCUACAUCAAGGCCUCCCCGUCCUCUCAGAAGGUAUACCAGGAGGCUGUUGGUGUGGAGCACAUUCCAGUGGUGCAGAUUGACCUCAGUGUGCCUCUCAAAGUCCCAGGGAUGCCAAUGUCAGACCAGUAUGUGAAGCUGGAAGAGGAGCGUCGGCAGAAAAACAAGGCAGACAGGAAGAAGGACAAGAAGAAGAGGAGGGAGAAGGGCCGGCAGAGGAGGGGGGACUCGGGCCCAGAGAGUGAGGAGGACAUCACCCCCGCACACAUGGUGGACAUCGUCACUGAAGAGAUGCCAGAGAAUGCCUUGCCCAGUGAUGACGAUGACAAAGAUCCCAACGACCCCCACAAAGCUUUGAACAUCGACCUGGACAAGCCCCUGGCAGACAGCGAGAAGAAGCUGCCAGUUAGGACACACCGUCCCGAUGAGGUUCUCAAGAGCCCCAUAGAGGACGCGGAGGGGUUGGAGGUCACUUCAGAGCCCAAGAAGAAGAGCGGGAAGGAAAAGAAGGACAAGGAGAGGAAGAAGGGUAAAGAGAAGAAGAAGAAGAAGAAACACAAACAAGAGGAAGGGGAGGAUCUUAUGGAGGCUGGGUCAGAGGAGCCUGUCCAAUCAAAAGUGACCAACGAUGUGGCAGCCCAGCCUCCUGCCUCCACACCAGAGGCUUCGGAUCUGGAUUUCUGGCUCUCAAAUGCUCCAGUGCCCUCUGACCCUCAGGAGGCCGCAGCAGUAACAGACGCUCCCCCUGCAUCCACUCCUGACGCUGCAUCUGGUGUGGCUGCCGUGGUCCCAGACUCUGAGACUAAAUCCUCCAAGCAUAAGAAGAAGCAGAAAAAGGAGAAGGACAAGAAAAAGAAGCACCAUCAUCAUCACCAUAGCGAUGGAGCCAGAGAGGAGUCUGUGCAGAACGGCACGGUGGAGGACGAGGAGCCUCUGCCACCCAUGUCCAAUUACGCCCUGCUGGCUGAGAACUCCUACAUCAAGAUGAUGAAGCAGGAUGCUGAUGAGGUGUGUGACAUCCAGGGGAACCUGCAUGAUGGUAGCCAGGUGGUGGUCUCUGUCAUCUUUGAAAAUAAGUGUGACAGUUUCAUCAAGUCCAUGGAGUUCAAUGUGAUGGACUCUCUCAACUCCAAGCUGCAGCGGCCUGAGGGAGCCGGCCCACAUGACAGCCUCACCGUGCCCUUCCAUCUGCCCCCCGGGAUCUCUAGUGAGGCACGGUUCAUCUUCUCAGUGCAGAGCAUUGUGAUGCCUCAGAAACUGAAGGGAACCCUCACCUUCAUAGUCAAGACUGAGGAUUCCUCCACUCACGAGAAACUAGACUUUAAACUGCACUUUACCUGCACCUCAUACCUGAUCACCACUCCCUGCUACAGUGACGCGUAUGCUAAGCUGUUGGAGUCAGGGGACCUCAAGGGAAGCUCUCUGAAGCUGGAGGGAAUCAACCAGCCUUUCCACCAUCUACUGGCUAGGAUCUGCUUCCACCACCACUUCUCUGUGGUGGAGAGGAUUGAUUCCUGUGCCUCCAUGUACAGCAGGUCAAUCCAGGGUCACCAUGUGUGUCUGCUGGUCAAAACUGCUGAUCAGACCGUGUCUAUCGAUGCUAAAUGUGACGAGCCGGGCCUGCUUAGGAAUGUGCUGGAUGAGAUCAAGCUGACCUUCUCUCAAUGCUGAUUGUGUCUGACAGCCCCUUGGUGCCCCCCUACCCACUGCUCAACCCUCCCUCACUGAAACACAUGUAAUCAUGUUACAAACACUGCGGCUGGCACUUCCAGGUUCACCCUAUUAAUUAGUCCUCAGAAUCACACAUUUCCUUGACGCCCCUCUUGCACUCAGAACUGCUCUUUCUCCUUCACUGAUUUGCUCUAUACAAACCCCCUCUGCGCUUUUAGUUUCAAACUGGUUUUCCCUGCUCCCCCCUCCACUCUCUCUCAUCGUCAUUACAGUCUGUGACGGUAAUGUAAUGUAAUCUGACAACUGGACUUUUUUUGUUGUUGGUUGAAUUGUGUUUUCACUGUCUUUUUUUGUUUGUUGCUGUUUUUGUUUUCUGACGUCCGUCUCCGCCUUUCCCCCUGUUGCAUUAAACAUCAGCGUGUUACUGCUACUCUCCUCUAUAGUCCUGUAGAAUGUCUGACUACUUCUGACUGGCCCAAGUUGGAAAUGUCAUGUCAACUUUAAACUGCUCUGAGCUGACCUCUGAGCUGAAAUCCUACCUGACCUGAUCUCAUGUCUGAAGGAGACUGACCUACCCUCUGGUGUCACUCCUCCAUGCUUCAACUAUGCUCAGCUUCAGUUUGACCUGUGUCACAGGAACAUAUCAAUCCCUAUAAGAAUUUUAAAUGCCUGAGCUGGAAAGUUACACUAAGAGUUUAUUGGGAAAAGAGAAUGCAGGCGGUUACACUUUGACCAGGUCAGAACUUAGACACGCUGGCACUCCUCGAAAAAGUAUGUUUCUGCAACCUUUUCCAAAAGUGAACAUUGUCCGGCUUCCUUACUCUGUCUCUUAUAGACAUGGGUAGAAGGGCGUCUUUUUACAAUUGUAUGAUUUAUCGCUUUGAUUAUGCUGUAAUCGUGGAAGGGUAUUGUACUGCUCAUCUGCCACUCUCUCUUGCCUCAGGCAUGUCUACAGUAUCUGAAAUAAGUGACAAAGUAAUAUAGAACUUGUGGGAAAUGAAGGCCCGCUAUCACAUAUUGCAGCUAGCGCCUCUCACGUGGCUUUGCUAUAAUAGCAGGCUCUCCAUUCUUAACUGUUAAAGUUAUCCUAUGUGUUGAUAGGCUUAGUUUGAGAUCACCUAUGGGGAUGGAAGGCUAUUCUAGUCAUAAUUCAUUCUGGGAUAUCAAUGGUACUUAGUUGAUACAUUUAAUUUUGAAUCAGUAUUAACCAAUGUGGCUUCUUGUUUACUGUAUCUUUCUUGAGAAAGCCAACAAGUCGUCGGUCAAGACGUUUGUCUUUCAUAUCAUCCAAACCGCUGUGCUACUAACUCUCGCACUAUACAAUACAUCCUACAUGUCACUGAUAGUCAUAAACCGAUGUUACUUCAGUGUUCUCUUCUCUCAGAACUACCCUGCUGCCACAUGUGCAUUGGCAUAAUGAUGAACAUGAAUGGUCAUUUAAAUGGCUUCUUCCUUUCAUGACUUGCUCAGAGGUACUUGCAGUCUAGUUACACUCAACGUGUCUCACUGCCUGGUCCAGCACGAUGUAGUAGCAACUUUAAACUGAUCCCAUCAUGUUUUGUUUGUAUUCCAACUUACCCGCAUUCCUUUCUUACAAGUGUAGAUGAGCCAUUCCAUGAGUUUCUUCUGCACCAUGUUAGUGUGAGUACAAAGUGAAGAACAUACAGGGAUGUUAUCCACAAAACCAUACCCUUCCUGGAAAAGUGCUUUGAUUGAUUUAAGUUAUAGAAUGGCAAUGAAAAAAUUACUUGUAAUCAUACGUUGUACUAAUUAAAAAGUUCUGUGCAGAGUAUUUCAUAAAAAUGUGUAUCUUGCAUGAUUAGGAAAUGUAUACUUAAAAUAUAUAUAUAUAUAUAUAUAUAUAUAUAUAUUUCCCCUAUCCAAGGACACUCACACGCAUACAAAACUCCCUUGUCAUUUCUUGGUUGUCUUUUUCUUUUAUAGUUUUUUUUUUUUAUAUGAAGUGAAAGUUGAAUUAAUCAUGCUACAGUUUUUGAUGGUGUUGUAUUUUUAUCUAUUAUAAGUUCAUACAGUUCAAAUAUCUUUGAAUAUUUUGAAUUAUUUAACAUCAGGGGAAGGAGGUUAUAUUUGGUGUCAUGGCACUGAGGGGAGUAGAGAAGAAAAGGUCUUGUGAUACAGUUCAGAGAAGCUACCCACUGUCUUAAUACUUUUUUUCUGGUCAAUUAUAGUGAUUAUCUUGCGGAGUUUGGCCUAUGACAUUAAAAUAUAUUCUAAUUUCUCCUUGUUUGAAGGUCUGGUCCAACUCCUUCAUUGUCUAUUCUCCAGCUAUAUGAUGUAAUAUGUUUUAAGAGGGGACUACAUGAGCAAGACAAAAUUAGUCAUAUACUAUCAACAUUCACUUUUAGAACAGAGAAGUGUACCCAAAUUGAAAUAAAGGCUGAGCUGCUGUAGUCUGUGUUAAGGUGAACCAAUAAACUCCCACAUAUAAUUA